UUGUUAGUAUACCUCGUACCAGUUAAAAGAAAAACCCUAAUCAAACAUCUUGAUGACUUGCAGAUAUACACCUGUGAAGAAUCAAACCAGCAUUCCGGGGCAUUUGUUUUCCUACUUGGGCAGCUUUUUGCCAGCAUCCCUUUCUUGUUUCUUAUCUCCAUCUCGUCAAGUCUGGUCUUCUAUUUUCUUAUUGGGCUGCGGAAUGAGUUCAGCUUGCUGAUGUACUUUGUGCUGAAUUUCUUUGCGUGUCUAUUGGUAAAUGAGGGGUUGCUACUGCUUGUUGCUUCCAUUUGGCAAAAUAUCUUCUGGACCAUCUUAAGUUUUGUGUCCAUACAUGUGAUAAUGAUGCUUUCCGCUGGUUUUUUUAGAAUCAGAAGUGCUUUGCCUGGACCAGUAUGGAUGUACCCCAUGUCUUAUAUUGCAUUUUAUACUUACUCUAUCCAGGGACUGUUGGAGAACGAGUACGUCGGAACUUCUUUUGCUGUUGGGCAGGUGAGAAACAUAUCUGGUUAUGAGGCUCUGGAAAAUAUCUAUGAGAUAUCUGAUGACAAGAACGCUAAGUGGAAAAAUUUACUGGUGUUGUUUCUUAUGGCUGUUGCAUACAAAGUUGUUGUUUUUAUUCUGCUCAAGUUUUGUAUCUGGAAAAACCUCUCUGUCCGCAAACUUUUCCUGUGUAACCAAAAUUCAUUGAAUCGCUGAUAGAUACUAUACUACAGACAACUUUUUGUUUCAGUUUGUUGGGUAUCAUUGCUUAUAGAAUUAGCCUCUAUUUAUAAGCACCUGAAGUCCAUAUCCUCUUAUCCAUUCAACCAAUGAGUACUGCAUGUAAAGAUUGGAGCUAAUAUCGGAAUUUGAAUUCUCUUAUGCAUAAUUUAAGAGUGAAGGAACAUUAGAGCUAA